AUGUCGAUAGUGGAAUUACUGAAAAGUGUAGAUACGCUUGCAAAGAUAAUAAACCAGAAGAACCUUGAGUUGGAGGAGUUGAAAAAAGGGUAUGAUUCUAAACUUCAUGAAAUUAACAAGUACAUCAGAAUAUUACAAGAACAAGAGGGUAUUGAAUCAGAAAAAGAUAUACCUGAAGAUGUAUUCAGAGAGAAGAUAAGUAGUACAAUCAAGUGUAACAAAUGCAAUCAUGAAGUAUGGAAUAUCAAUAGUGAUAGUGAUUUCAUAAUUAUACCCAAGCGGAAAUUGAAAUACCUUCUUGGUCAUGAGAGUGAUCGAAGAUUACUGAAUGAAUUGAAAGAGCUAAAAAUACAAAAUGACUCGACCGUAUAUAAUAACUCAGAUAUACGACCAAGUCCUCAUGAAUAUCCAGGUCCUAAAGGCUAUAAGAAGCAGUAUAAUACCAAAUCAAAGAAGACAUGUUCAUACUGCUCCAAACCUGGUCACUCAAGAGCACAUUGCUUGGUUAGGUUGGCAACGCCUACUAAAUAG